UGCUGGCCGGAAGGUUACAUGGGUUUUGUUUACAAAAAAUGGCAGCCAAAAGUUGUCAAGCUAACUUCAAAUCGCAUCGCCUUCCUUAUGUUUACAAGCAUCCAUACAAAUUGUUCUCUUUUCUUUCGACCUGGCUAACAAGAUUAUCAGGGUAUCAUUUUCUUCCAUUAUAUACAUGUUUCAGCAUCAUGAAAAGAAUAACUAAUCCAGCCGGCGAAAGAAACAAAGAUCCGAUACUAAAUGUUUUAAAACGAGUGCUAUCAAAGACCGCACCCAAUCUACGACUGUUGGAAGUGUCUUCCGGUGUGGGACUACAUGCGGCUUACUUUGCUAAAGAAUUCCCCAAUAUCACUUUCCAACCAUCGGAAUUCGAUACCUCGUUAUUCGGCAGUAUCGACGCAUAUCGACAGGGAGUGGAGAACGUUGCUUGUCCGAUCUUCAUCGAUGUUUCACAACCGUGCAGUGAAUGGCAGAACGAGGCCAACGUUAACCAACGCUGCUGUGCCAACCAAUUCGAUUAUAUGCUUAACAUCAACAUGUUACACAUUUCACCGAUAGCCUGCGCCAAGGGACUCUUUCACAACGCAUCGGAACUUCUGAAACGAGGCGGAUUGUUGAUCACCUACGGACCGUAUGCCGUGGACGGCAUUCUCUCACCGGACAGUAAUGUACGCUUUAACGAAUCAUUACAACAACGGAAUCCGGAAUGGGGUAUACGCGAUACGAACGAUUUGUGUAAAAUGGCACUUCAGAAGGGAAUCACACUUGAAGAAGUGAUCGACCUGCCGGCCAACAACAAAUGCUUGAUUUGGAAGAAUGGAUAAAACUGCUGGGCGAAUAGCAUCCAAUUUUAAUCAUAAAAAAACAAUGAACACAAAAAAGUUGCUCGAUUUCG